CUAGAAAUCUGAAUAUCAUUUCUAUUCUGUGAUAUUAAGCAGGGUCGGGCGGACUUCAGGCUUGCAGGAUCUUUUGUUUUGUUUUGUAGACUAGAACAGGAUUCUGGUUCCCAAAAAACCAAAAAGAAUCCUGAGUCCAAAAGUGAUGGCAGCUCACAGCCUUUUCACCCAAUAAACCCAAACUUUCUUUAGUACAAAUUAGGGCGGGAGCGGGGGUGUUGUUGCUGCUGUCCGAAAGAAUCCUUGCUGCAGGUGUACUAACAGAUCCCGAUUUAUCACCUAAAUGGCCAGAAUUCCAGGCAGGUUUGUAACCCAAAGAUCCCGCUUUCCUAGCGAACGCCUGUCUUAAAAUCCACGUGUGAGAAGCGAGCAAAGGCGAACAGGCUCCCAGCCCCUCCUUCCCGGCCAAGCUGCACCGGAAGGGGAAGGACGGAGGCGGCGGCGGCGGCUCUGCUUGCCCUGGAUCUGCCUUAAGCAGAGAAGGACGUGGGUGCAGGAGAUGCUGCUCCGGGCUGGGGUUCGCCUUCGCGCGCCCAGCCUCCGACUGUGGCUGCGGGGCACCGGGAGAUGUCAUGCGCUCCUGCUUACCGAGAAGCAUCCUGGAGUCCUGGAGCCGGGCCGGCGCUCCGUGGCUGCCCUAUGCAGGCCGCGACUCGGGUGGCGUGGAGCCCCGGGAUCCCUCUCCGCGAUCGUGGGGAGCGAGCAGGUGCUGCCGCUUGGAGCACUUCUUUUUCUAGUGUCCCGGGAGCGCUCGCUUUAAUUCUGAAGGGGGUCAGGUGACAGGCGGUGGAUAGUUCACUCAUCAGAUGCACUGCUAGCCAUGAGCUAUAUGAUUUAGUGAAUGGUGCAUGCAGAUAUAACAAUCUGAAACUCAAAGUACAUGUUUAUCUGUUUUUGCUGUAGGUUCAAUCUCUCCACGUGCAGCCUCUUCGCUGCUUCAGCACAUCCUCCCUGCAUGAAGAUUCUGAACAUGGCAGAUUAGUUUAUCGUGGAAAUUUGGCAAAGGCAGUGCUAGGUGAGUAUAUUAGGGUUAUGUGUCUUGUUAUGCUUUGGUUUCGAACACUCUGAAGUAUUUAAAAUUACUUUUCACUGGGAAUUGGGACCCUCUGUCCACCAGAAACUUGUGUGAAGGACGUAAGUCGGAAUGCCUUGCUUCUAUGGCAGUUGAGGAUUUGCCAAGUGAAUUUGAUAGCUGGGGGGCAGGGAGUGUCAGCAGUGCAGCACUGCUUCUCCUGGUCUUUGAUAUGCCUAGUGGCAAUAUGUCAUUCUCUGUAGCCCAGGGCUACAUAAUAAUAAUAAUAAUAAUUAUUAUUAUUAUUAUUAUUUAUACCCUGCCCAUCUGGCUGGUUUUCCCCAGCCACUCUGGGUGGCUCCCAACAGAAUAUUAAAAACAUGAUAAAACAUCAAACAUUAAAAACUUCCUUAAACACUGUACAUUUAAAGCACAUUCUGCCCCCCUCCCCCAAAAUCAUAAGAACUGUAGUUUGUUAAGGGUGCUGGGAAUCAUAGCUCUGUGAGGGUUAAACAACAGUCAUACGAUUUUUUUUGGGGGGGGGGUGUCUAACAUGGUAACAGCUGCCCUUCUGAGGAUGCUAAGGCAUGGUGGGAAUGUAUGGGCUCACAAGCUAUUUUCAAUCUCUAAAUAUUAAUUUGUCUUUCUCUUGCAGGCGUGAAGUUCUUCUCUUACUCUACCAGCAUGUUUAGUCUUAGCAUGAUACCUAUUAUCUUCUACAAAACUGGUGUGGCUGUUGACAACCUUCCCUUGCAAGUUAUGUUUUACAGUGUUAUAGGAUUCUUUACAUUUGUAACUCCAGUUACUCUGCAUUUGAUUACAAAGGGCUACAUCAUCCGCCUGUACCACAAGCCUGAAACAGACACAUACACAGCUAUUACCUAUAAUGCUAUUUUGGCGGAAAAGAAAACUGUGUUCCAUCAAAAGGAUGUGAAGGUUCCCGACAUCAGCAAGAUGUUCAUGACAUUUUAUGCUAAAACGAAAUCAAUGCUUGUUAACCCUAUGCUUUUUCAAUAUCCUCAAGACUAUAAUCACCUUAUGGGUUAUGACAAGCCCUUCACGUUUGACUUCGAAGAAUCAAAAGAAUCCAGCGAAGGGAAAUAGAUGUUUCUGAAUGAAAUGUGUGUAUACGUGCAGACUAUUCAGAAUUCUUUUAUAGAAUCCAGGAUACAAAAUCCCAGAGCAGUUUUUUUCUUCAUUAAAAGUAGUUUGUUCAGUAAAAGGAACACUGAUAAAAAUGAAUAAAACUGGAGUUGGUUACAAAAGGAAUUUACAUAAACGGGAUGAUGUUUGGUUGAUAUUUGAUUAGCUUAAGGCUUGCUUUUAAUCAUACGAAAGAGUCUUUUGGUCAUCUUUGGAAAAUCAAAUUAAGCCAACAUAUGCAUGAACUCACACAGCUCUUUUACCCUUUAUUCAAGCAGGGAAACAAUUCAGGAAGCCGCAUUAACCGUGGUUUUCCAUUUCUGAUGUAACAGGAAUGACAGUUAAUGACUUUCCAAACAAGCCAGGAUUCAGAACCAUUAACUAUAGCUUCCUGUGCUGAUGGAACAGUUCUUAAAUUGCUGGGAGAGUGCAUGGUUAAGAAAGGGUUAAGAUUUUGUUGUACCUGAAAACCUCUUUGGUCUCAAAUGUUAAGAAUUGAAUAUCCUGAAAAGAGUAUGUAUCAAGGAAUGCAGAACUGUUUGCUAAGAUGUCUCUACCUAUAUAAACCACUAGAGGGACUCAUAACUGUAGCAUUGGUGAGGCCUUUGAAAAUAGCCACAUCUUUAAAGACUCUUGACAUAAACAAGGAUUACAGGCAGCUGUAUAAUAAUUCCAAGAAGUGGAACUAUUAACACAAUAUUUUUCAUUUUAUUUUGUAGAAUUAUAAAAUGCAUCCAAAUGCUACUGAUGUGGUAUGCAAUAAAAUACAAAGAAACGUACUG